AUCGCGCGGACGCGCGUGGAGCUCACGAGACUGACAACAUUGACCUUGCGAGGGCGAGCCCUCCGGCGAGACGGGUCGCGGCGCGGAAUUUCGCGGAUCGUGGCGCAAAUCAGCGCGGAGUCUGCGAGUUCUGCGAGUUCUGCGAGUUCUGCGAGCGAAACUCCGCACGUAGACGUGCGGACGCGCGCUUCGAGCAGCCGACGGACUUGGAAAGUUACAGGGAGUCGUCGCGCGUCGCUCCUCCUCCGGGGGAAAGCCGCGAUUGCCGCUGCGGUGCGGCGUCGCUUUCGCGCAAUCCGUCGUUCCGCCGUUUUCAUUAGCGGCAAGACCAUAACGGGCGUUUAAUUAUCUGUUGAACCAUCAGACGCGCCGCCGAGAGCGCGCGCGGGGAAUGCGGCUCGCCCGUCGGUGUCAUCCCGCUCGCUCAUUCCGCUGUUAGUUGUCACUCCACCGCCGCGAAGCAGUCAAAGCGAAGACCUCGCUCCGUCUUCCUCCGCCGAUAGCUCGAUCAUCGUGCUCGCGCACUGUGCCCUUCGUCGAGGUGUAAAAGUGCGCUGAUGGAGGAGGCUCGGGGAAUCGAGUGAGAAUCGAGUGCGUCGCGACCGACACUUUUCUCACCCCUCGACGAGAGGUCGCAGCGAUUGCGACCUGAGUGUGCUCGGAGGGGAAGGAGGGACGAGUGAAGCUUCGGUUCUGAGUGCUGACGCUGAACUCGACGCGAUUAUCAAUCAUUUGCGUGUACGCGAAAGACAGAGAGAGAGAGAGAGAGAGAGAGAGAGAGAGGGAGGGAGAGAGAGAGAGAAUGCCGAUCAGUGCGACGCGCCGAUUAGAUAAGAUUAUCGUACCUGGCGAGUACAUUCUCGUGCGAUAAACACACAUUUUUCUCUCUCUCUCUCUCUCUCUUUCUCUCGCAGAGAUAGCUAGCGACAGUCGCCCGAGAGUCAUCGAAGCGCGUUGAUUCGAUUUACUUCUUACGUACGGUACCGCGUGACGCGACAGUGAAGGUAUCAGUGAAUGUAUUAAGCAAAUAUUUGGAGCCUGAUCAAAAAGAUAAGAGACAAAGACGAAGAAGAAGGCGAGAAGAUAACGUAACGGUGUGCCGAAAAUUACCGCCGGAUGUGAUCGAGCACGCGACUGUCGAUCUACGCGAAGACGGAGGGACUUGACGCGCGCGUUCGCUUCGACCGACGACGAAUCACUUUCUCGACACCACUUUCUCGGACACUUUGACUCGGAUAAUCGCGCAUGACCGCGGGGCGCGACGUCGCGCGAAUUUGUCGGGCUUUUAAGCACCAUUACGUCCCGGCUACGUAAUUUCGACUUUAGCGGCCGGCUCGUGUAAUCAGAGAAACAUCCUGCCGGCGCGAGUCGCUCGCACAAAUAUCCCUGCGGUCGCGUCCAGCGUCCGGCCGGCGCAGGGUGUGUCUUUCACGUGCAUGCUAGAGUCGGUAACCGCGACUCUUGGGAGACCUUGCAUCCCGUGCUGCCCCGGAGGAUGUUGUUAACUUCGGAGCGCGUUUCCUGCCAAGAAGGCGAAACGCGAGCGGUCGCGCGCGACGCGUGUAAACGCGACGCGUCUUCUCCGAGCGCGACAAGUCUCCCGGUAACGAGCCUCACGUGAACGCGCUGCGGGAAUGAAACAGGCUAAUUAUCAAUUACACGUCGUGGCAUAAUGUUGAAAUUAAUUAGCCGAGAUUAGCUCGUCGGGAUAAUACGCGCGUCGGGGUUAGAAUUUAAGACCGUUCGAGCUCGAGGAGCUUGUCCUGGCUCGCCGAUGCUAGCCGAGUGCAUAGUCAUAUUACUGGCCAUUUAAUCAACGUUAAUUGUCAUUACGAACGGUCACAUUGUUAGUCCAUCUUCAAUAACGCGCCAGGCGCCAGGCGCCGUCUUUCGAGGACGGCUUCGACUCGACUUCGCCGGCAUGUCACCGAUACGAUGAUGACGCGCUGAGUUGCGCCUGCCAAGUUUGCCGCGUCUCUCGGGCAACCUGACGAGUCGCUUUUCCUCGUGCAAGUCUCGCCAAGCAGCUCUCGAAUCCGAAGCGAUCGACAACGGACGGCACGCGCGACAGGUAGAUUAAACAAAGUUGCUCGACAAGCUUCGUCGCGCGAAGGCGCGAUCUCGACCUCUUAAUGCGGUGCUCGAAGUGACGAAGGCGCGAAACUUUCGCAACACCACCUAUCGCGUAAACUCGCUUCUUCGCACGCACGUCGCAGAUCGAUCGCGCGCGCGCGCGCGCGACUCGUGUUGAUAACUCGCCGCCGAAAGCCUCCCGCUGCGACACUCGUGUGGAAAUCUGCUGUGGGUGCUGUGUGUGCGCGCGUGUUGCCUCUGUGGGACUAUCUGUGGGGUGACGUAACACGGUGCAUAGAUAAGCGCGAUUCGUUGUUCUUCCGGCAAGUCGCAGGCGCGUAUGUCCUCCCCCGGCUUCACCACACGUGGCGCGAUGAGCCUCUGGCGGUUUGGACCCUUCAAGGAUGCAAAGAAGCAAAAUGGCGCUGCUCUGCGGACGAACAGUCUGGGCUCGGGCGCGAGGACGCCGCCGUUGGAAAGAAAAAGCAAGUUCUCGGCCCUCGGUAGACUCUUCAAGCCUUGGAAAUGGAAGCGGAAAAAGAAAUCGGAUAAAUUCGAGGCUGCUUCGCUGUCGCUCGAGAGAAAGAUCUCGGUACGUGCCAGUAGAGACGAGUUGGUGCAGAAGGGGAUACUGCUGCCCGUGAUACGAUCGACAUCGUUUCCCGAAAAUGAGACGAUGAGCGAGUCGACGGACGCGCAAAAACCGCCGACGCCGCAGCAAACGCCGCAGCAGCAGCAGCAGCAGCAACAGCAGCAAUCGCAGCAACAGCAGCAAUCGCAACAACAGCAGCAGCCGUCCGGGGGCGUCGGGGGUGGCGCCGGGGGUGAGGGCACCCCCGCGGCGACCCCCACGUCCGGCGGUAGCGUGCAGCAAUCCCAGCAAUCCCAGCAAGUUCCGUCGGCCACGCCGACCCCGACGACUGCCAACCUGCAUUCUGCAGGACCGCCCAGCAAUCAACCGUCGCCCCAUCCCUCGCCCCUCUAUCCCGGGAUACCGCAGGCCGGCCAGCCCAACGGCAGCACGCAAGAGCCGAAGAAGGAUAAGACUGAACAGAGUGCAAAUGGUGCGAUAUCGCCGAGCGGUGGUGGCUGCGGCGGCGGCGGCGGGGGCGGUGGUUGCGGCGGCGGCGGCGGCGGCGGCGAGUCGCAGGCCGCUAAUCUGGGCACGAGCGGCCCGAUGCCGGCCUCGGGCCCGGUCCCGGAUGCCGGGGACCAGCAAAAGCCGAACAGGCCGAACACCCUCGAGGCCAGGGUGGCAGCCAGGAGGCUGAUCUUGUUCGACAUGGAGAAGGGGGUGCUGGACCAGAGCGCCGACAAUCAGCAGGUAAUCGAGAGGUGUUACCCAUUACCGCCUCAGAAUACCCUGAUGCUGUCGGAACUGCCAGAACCGCCGAUCCCGUUGAGCGAAAUCGGCCCGAUUCCGCCCCCGCCGAUGUUCAGCUCACCGAGCCCCACUUUGCUGGCGAGACAACGGCAGAUUCCGCUCUCGGAUUGCGAGGACGAGGAUGAGGAAGACAUCGACGUGGAGGAGGAGGACGACAACAUGUACGUCUUCAGGGUGUCCCAGCCGGAUCCGGCGAUCGACACGUCGCGUGUCGAAGAGAUUCCGGCGAAGGAGCCCAAGUUCCACGCCGUACCGCUGAAGAGCGUCCUGAAGAAGCGGGGCUCCGGCAGCGGGCCCGGCACGCCGCAGAACACGCCGACGCAGGAAAACAGGCCGCUGACGCUUCGCCAAGAGCUCCACGCCUCGUUCAAAAGGCCACCGUUGAGGCCUAGGAUGAGAAUAUGCAGCCGACCGGUCAGAUUCGGCCUCGCUCUGCCGUGCACGCUGGAGAACAAGGAGAACGCGAGGCCGUAUGUCAUCCGGGAGGAUGUGGACGGCGAUUCCGGCGACGGACAGGUCCUCUACAGGGAAGACUACGACGACGAGAAGAGCCGCUUGGCAGCCAAGAUCGCGCGCAAGGAAUCGCUGUCGCUGAAGCUCGCCCUCAGGCCAGACAGACAGGAGCUCAUCAACAGGAACAUCCUUCAGCUGCAGACGGACAAUGAGAGGCAGGAGACGAAGGAGGCCAUCGGUGCCAAGCUUAUCAGGCGGUUGAGCAUGCGGCCGACCCAAGAGGAGCUCGAAGAGAGGAACAUUCUGAAAAAGCAAAGUCCCGCCGAGGAGAAGAAGCAGAAGGAAGAGAAGAAACGCUACCUCCUGCGGAAGCUCAGUUUCCGACCGACUGUCGAAGAGCUCAAGGAGAAGAAGAUUAUCAGGUUCAACGACUAUAUCGAGGUGACGCAGGCUCACGACUACGAUAGACGGGCCGACAAGCCCUGGACGCGGUUAACUCCGAAGGACAAGGCUGCCAUUAGGAAGGAGCUGAACGAGUUCAAGAGUUCGGAGAUGGCCGUUCACGAGGACAGCCGACACCUCACCAGGUUCCAUAGGCCAUGACAAUUGCAAUGUGUUGAGGUGCUACAGUGUGGUGCGGGUAUCGGUGAAGGUGCAGUGUGGUGGCCUCACGUGGAGGCUGGCUAAAAAAUUAAACGAGAAAACGAAGAAAAAAGCUAAAAAAAAUACAGCGGAGGAGAAAGGAAGAAGAGGAAGCAGCCGAAGAAGAAGAAGAAGAAGAAGAAGAGGAAAACAAAGGAAGGGGAGCAGAAGAAGAGGAAGAAUAUCCGGGUAUCGUCGCGCUCGAGUAGAGUCGAGUCGAAGGCAGAACGCGCACGCGAGCGCGCGCGGUACUCGCCGAUCGGUGACGGUGGUUUACUUUGACGUUGCCGCGUCGUGUCGUCACUCGCCGUUGCCGCACCGACGGGACAUACCGGCCCGUCGAGUCCGCCACUUCCGUCAUCAUCCGCGUUACUACCGCGUGCGUUGCUGCUGCAGCGAGCAACGGCGAGCGCCACCACGACGUCGACGAAGAUUGUGAUAGGGUGACCCGUCCGCGGCCGCGGAAGGACGGCAGACGGGUCGCUCGCCGAUUUCUUUUCUUAAGGGUCGUUCACACCCGUGCUAGUCGAGCAGCUCUUGGCGCUUUCUCCGACACCCCCGACACCGUGUUUUCACCACCAAUACCACCACCCUGUGCGCGUCCUCGGAACGCCGACGGAACGAUCUCUUUGAACGUUUGUAGUACGCGAGCGUGCGCGCGUGUAUAAAAGGGGGACGUCUGUUCUCUUAUUGUCCCGGGAAUAUUGUCGAAAAACCUCUCUCUCGCGUGCGAUAUAAAUUCUUAAGUAAGUAAAUGAAUAAAUAAAUAAAUAAAUAAAUAAAUAUAUUGUGCAGCGCGCGAGAGACCGUCUUUCCGCGUUGAGUAUCUAUCGUUGAAGCCACAAACCACAUAUGACGCCCCGCCCGUCGCAGGUUUGCCCCUCGGAAGCUUGCCGCUGUGAAAAUCAAAAUCACGCUGUAUAAUAGUAGAUAAGACUUUUUUAUAGAAAUGCUCAGUGUGUCCGCUCGGUGUGUCCGCUGAAGGUACCGGUCAGAAGGCAAUUCUGACCCGACGAUUCGCGUGUGUGUCUCGUACGUAAUCGACAUUUCGCCUCGUUUCCUUCCCGUGUUUUCCGUUUCUCCCAUUCGUUUUCGCACGACGUGCGCGACGUAUCACGUAGCUUUCCCGAAGCGGGAAUGUGCGAGGAUGCGCGGCAUGGCGGACGCGAGAUCAUCGCGCGUCUCCGUCGCGCGCGGCUAUACAUUUCAACGAUCGGCCAUGAUUGUUCGCGUGACACGCGUGUGUCGCGCAAAUGCACAACGCGGAUUCCUGUGCGAGUCCUUUAUGAUCGCGUCGAGACCUACGGCUGCCGACCUUCGCGACUCUUCCCCUCCCCCGCCCCCAAGCUGUAUAAUUCCAAUGGACACUGCGAGCGCGCGUGUGAACAUACCCUUAGACGUGUAAACACCAUUUUGCAAUCAAGCUAGCUCAUCAGUGUCACCUGGCAUCGUUGUAUACAUAAACGAAAGAGAAAAAGAAAAAAAGAAAAUACGUCUCUCAAGAGUUUCGAGCCAUCGUAACAAGCGUGUGAUAUGUCCUGUUGAUAUCACGAAACAGAAGAAAAUAAAGGAAAAAGAAAUAUACUCGAGCCUCGAAUAAUAACGGAAUAUUCGAAGAUCGAAACACAGGGGGGGAGGUUACACAUCACGAUAUAUAAAGCGAUAUCUCGUAAAAUAACCGUCGACUAAGUGAGUUGAGUUUAGUUUUAAAUGGAAAAGAAAAAUGUUUUAGUAUUAAUAUUUUUAUACGUUGACGCUCGCGCGUGAGACGGAGACCCAAACGACGAAGAGUUACCGCGAGGAAAGGGGAAUAAAAGAGAGAAGAGAGAAAGGAACAAGGGAAAAUCAUUUUUCAGUGAACCCUCGUUUUUAACGAUUAAGAGAUAUUCGGCCAACGUCCGAGAAAUGUGAUUUACGAUAAUUCCAUGUUUACGAGUUUGGCGCGAUCACGCGCGUAAAGGAAGAAGAAUGAAAAGAAAGAGGAAAAAGUAUUCGUUGUUUGUGACUCACUGACAAUUAUUGCGUAGUUCGUUAAGCUCUUCGUAACACGGAUACACACAUACAUUUAACCAUCCACACCACACACACACACACACACACACACACACACACACACACACACACGUAUAUAUAUAUAUAUAUACACACACAUCACGAGGAAAUGAAGACAGCCCAUUCAGUGUCUACGACAAUCGGUCGACUGCUCGAUCGACGAAACUGUUUUCCUUUACUGCCAGGUAUCACUCUCUCGUGGAGCUACCUUGAGGAGCAAACGCUUACGACUAUUAUUAUUAUUAUUAUUAUUAAAUUAGGUGUACUCUCUUCGCGUUCGCGGGAAAUCAGAUGCAUUGUGCAAUUUAAUCUUGUACAGGAGUAUACAUAGUGUGUACGUUAGUUAUUAUUAUCAUUAAUUAUUAUUAUGUUAUUGUAUUAUUAUUGUAUUAUUAUUAUUAUUAUUGUUAUCAAUAAUAUCGCUGUAGGACGUUCUACGUAAUCCUCGUUCGAUCGCGCGCGCCUUUUAAACACGGCAAUGUUAACGAAAUUCAUUCAAGAGAAAGAGAGAGAGAGAGAGAGAGAGAAAGA